AGCUCUACAACGACGGCUAUUACCACAAUGUCUACAUUGGAUCCGCCAGGAUUGACGUGCUGGUGGUCAGAGUGGUCAGCCUUUAUCAAUAUGGAGGUACUGGACACUGGUAAUGGAGACACACAGUCGUGUUGCGCUCGAGAAAAAUAUGUCUUCUGUGGACGAAACGAAACGGUUACUUGUCAAACAAAAUACGGCAACUCCUCCUCCUACGGUGCACUUCUUCUGUGCCCCAUACAGAAUGGAUCCGUGUGUUUAAAGGCUGAAAACAAACCGAUGCAGUGCAGCGACUACAUGAUUCAAUAUUCGUGCAAACGCGUGUGCAGAGCCAGCUCACCUACAGUGAGUCCGCCUGCGUUUUCAUUAUGUUACUUCGAUGAGUGGUCGGCCUGGAUCAAUACGGACACACCGGACACUGGUGAUGGCGACAGAGAGUCACCGAGUGAUCAAGAAAAACUUUCAUUAUGUCGUUACUGGAGCUAUGAUCGUUAUAUAACUGCUGUGGAAUGCCAGACUGUGAAUGGAACUGCAUUCAACAAUACCGGUGAAAAAGUUCAAUGUUCCAUCCAGAAUGGUUCCGUGUGUUUGAAGGCUGACAACAACCCGAAUCCGUGCAGUGACUACAUGAUCCGAUAUUUCUGCUCAUGCAGAGAUCCCUUUUUUAUGGCACCCAUGUCAUCCAUCCAAACAAAUGACGUCACGACAGGAACUCCAACAGUUACAGCCACAAUACCUACGAGACCUCAAUGCGUGGAUCAAUGGUCGACCUGGAUCAAUACGGACACACCGGACACUGGUGAUGGCGACAGAGAGUCUUGGAGUUGUCAAGAAAAAGAUGCCUUCUGUCCAACUGGCACCAUCACCGCUGUUGAAUGCCAAACUAUAGCCGGUAUCCAUUUCUACAAUACCUGCGAAAAUGUGCAAUGUUCCAUACAAAAUGGUUCCGUUUGUCGGAAAUACCCAAGGGAUUGCAGUGACUACCAGAUCCGAUACUUCUGCUCUACAUGUUCUACUUGUCCGUUUCGCAGCAGACCAGUGUCAUCCAUACAAAUACCGGAAGUCUCGACAUGCACUCCUGCAGUGAUGGAACCUUCUCCAAAAGUAGCUAAUACUACUUCCUCUAUUGCCGCAGCGGAAUGUGUGAUCUCAGCGCAUCAUUCUCUGACAGAUAUCUGUAAUCCCUUACAACUGGGCGUUGUCGUAGGAAUCGUCUCGCUGAUAUGGUUAAUAAUCAUCAUCGCCAUGUGUGUGUAUUUUAAAGUCGUGCGAAAAAACAAGAUCGCAGAUAAGAGCUCUCAACAUGCUUUAUUCCUUCGUAAGAAAACAAACCUUGAUAUCAACAACGCUUGACAUCAUAUUUGUGUUUUGAUGGUUAUAACACGGACAGCAAGAUGACAACCCAUAUCAACUGGACAUACGUUAACCAUGUUUAUCGAGGAACUCGCAAGCCAGUGAGCAAUUAAUGUUUGUAAUUAACUCGCAAGCCUGUGAGCAAUUAAUGUUUGUUGAUUAACAUAGACAUUUGGAGAUUGCC